UGAGCGCUUGGUUCGUGGCUGCUGAGCAAAGUUUUGUUUGGAAGAUUUAGCGCCCCCCCUUUCCCUUCCUUUAAGGCGACAGCUGCCAGCUUUCAGCGUACGGGAUUUAUUGCAGGGUCUCUUUCCGUUCUCCCCCCUCUCGGGUCGGCCACUGCAUUGAAGAUCAAGAGCUCCUCCCCCCCAUCCGCCCCCUGGGCCGCCUAAUCGGUGGUUCGUUUCCCAGGUUACAGCCGUAGUGUCUGCAGCUAGCCAGCCAGGCGUUGAAGGCUGCUGGGUCUGGGUGACCCACCACGUCGUCCCUGCUUUGCUUGUGCGAGCAGGCGGCGGAUUAGAGAGGCGCCCGAGCCUUGAGGAGCGCCUCUGCAGGGGCUGUCAGCUGUUUUCGCCUCCGCUUCUCCCCGCCAGGUCUUGCCGGACAGUGGGCGAGCCUGACUGGCGCUUCCAUGCCUGCCUCCUGCAGCGCCUGAAGCUGGGGGCGGGGGAAGAGGGAGGGAAGGAGGUUGGCUGGCUCUGCUACUGAUGACCUUACCCAAAAUAUGCGGUCGGCAGGAAAGAAGAGACGGCCUAGAAGCUUAGUUUUUUCGGCAAGGAAGGCUUCAUUUCACCUUCUUCUCUUACUUGAGGUGGUUUCAUGGAAUAAGCAGCAAAAAAGUUAGAAGUCAGGGAUUCACUUGAAGAUUAUUUUGUUAACAGCAUUUGCUUCUGAUUCCUGGUUGGUUUAUGGGCUAUCCAUUUAUCUUGAGGUGGCAGCCACACUUUUUUCUUUUCUUUGCAGUUCAUUGCUUAGGUUUAAAUCUGCAGACUUGGGAGAUUGUAGAACUGCACCACUAUGCAGCUGUCUGCUAUGUCGGCAGCAAGAAGCUGUGUGGGACAAGACUUCCCUUCCCCACUGCGACCCCUUUCCCUAACCCCACUAACCCUAAACCCUGAGGGGAGAACCAAAGUUGCUGCUAUCUUUCACCCUCAGUCAGUUUGCCCUGACACCCUUCCCCCAUCCUCACUAAAACUGCUCUUUGGCCCGCAGCAGCAGGAAGGAAUUUCCAAAAGAUAACUGGGUUUGUUAGUGGCCAAAAGGAUAUGAUUCUAAGAAAUAGGAGCAGAUGCAAAACCUAGGGCUUGUUGAUAUUUUGCCUUAAUUAGGGAAAUCAACAUGACUAAAAAGCAAACUGAUAUAUUUUAAAAUAAACUUAAUCUAAAUUUGUUUCUUAAUUGAACCGUUCAUUUCAGGCAGCAGGUCCUACCACCCAUCAGCUCGUGUUCAUGAUGCUUAGUCCUUCCUAUAUUGCUGUUGGUUACAGUCUACGUGCUCUGAUCCUUGCUGGAGUUCACUGCUUUUCGUGCUUUUCAUAAUUGACUAUUUGGAAAUUUCCAUCAGUAGCUUUUUGCACAAAUAAGGAAAAGAUAGAAAAGGUUUCCUGAAGAAGAGGACGUUCAAUUAAAGAAGAACAUUCAUCCAGAGGGAGGAAUCUGAAGAUUUGUUGAUGGAUUUCAUAUGGAAUAUCAUUUAAUGUGCUGAGAUAAAUUGAAGAACAGGCCACAUACCUUUCUGCUGCUGUUUACAUUUCAGGUUCAAAUACUAAGAGCUACGUGUGAUAUAUGAAACCUGCAGGAGAUGUUGUAAUGACUGUGAAAUUACACUGAGGACAGAUCUUGCUCCUUCCAUUUUUUUGUGAUUACUGCUCUUACUAUUGUGAUUGAUCAUUUUCUACAGUAAGUGAGCUGGUUGCUUUGUCUGGUCCUUUUGUUUAAAAAAAGAGAAAGAAAGAUGUCUGAUCCUGUCGCCCAUCAAGAUGCUGGUAUCAAGCCAGGCUUGUUGGAAAAAAGCAACAAUUCUGGUGAUUCUCAGCCCUCAAUCAACUUGGAAAGAAGGAACAAAAGUGGGAUAAUUAGUGAACCUUUGAACAAAAGUCUUAAGAAGUCUCGACCACUGUCCCAUUACUCUGCUUUUGGUAGCAGCAGCUCAUUAAGUGAACAUUCAGAGAAAUGCGUCCCUAUGACCAACAGCAGUGAGGCAAUCGUUGAAAAAAGCAAUUCUACCUCAAAGCACAAAACCAUCUCUGACAUGUUGAGCAAGUCAGAUAUUUCUUUGGAAGGACAGAACAUCUUGCAACAGUUUGCCCAGUCUACAGAAUUGCUCAAAAGAGUAGUCCAGGAGCACAUCCCCCUGCCUAAUGACCAUGGGACGGGCAUCUCAGAUAUGGAAGCUGUCUCAACAGCUGAAACAAUGAACAACCCAUCUGAUUUUCCUUACCUGGGGGCUUUUCCCAUCAACCCUGGCCUUUUCAUUAUGACCCCUGCUGGUGUAUUUUUGGCAGAAAGUGCACUCCAUAUGGCUGGCUUAGCAGAGUACCCAAUGCAGAAUGAAUUGGCAUCUGCCAUCAAUUCAGGGAAAAAGAAACGAAAACGAUGCGGCAUGUGUCCUCCUUGCAGAAGACGAAUAAACUGUGAGCAGUGCAGCAGUUGUAGGAACCGUAAAACUGGACAUCAGAUUUGCAAAUUCCGAAAAUGUGAAGAACUUAAAAAGAAGCCUUCUGCUGCACUGGAGAAAGUGAUGCUUCCUACAGGUGCUGCAUUCCGAUGGUUUCAAUAGGAACAAGAAUCCCAAAGCUCUAUCCUCCAGUGCAAUGUCACUGCUUGCUUGUGUUGUCUCAGGCAAGGAAUUUUUUGACGGAAAUAAAUGGAUGCGCCUAUGUCUCCUUUAGAACCAAAAAUAUUUUCUUGCAGAUUUCAUUCCUUUUUUUAAUAUAAUUUUUGGCAUUUGUUUAACAUCUUUUAAGUACUAGUAAAGCAUUAAUGUUUUCAAAUAAUUUUUUUAAAGAAUCCAUAAAGUAUCACGAUGUAAUAGAGUAUGGACAAUCAAUCAAUUUGUUUUCCUGUGUUUUGGUGUUGAUGUUGUUUAUGUGUGGAAGAUGCAGUUCUUGUGUAGAGAAUGUAAAUUUACAGUAACCUUUUAAAUCUAGUUACUAAUACGCACUACUGUAAUUAGCACAGCAGUUUCUUCAUUUAUCUGAUUGAUUUCCAUGAUUAAAGAAAAAUAGUGUGGCUAGUUUCUAGAAUGCCUCAAUUCAUGUUUAUAAAUGAACAUAUAUUUAAAAUAAGGUAGUUUCUUUUCCCUAAUUCUACAGAUAAGGCAAGAUUUAAUCAGCAAGAUGUCUGGUCUUAUAAAAUGGAAAUAUAUUGAAAACUGGCAUUUUUAAAAAAGUAAAGCAAAAAUAAUAAAAUUUAGAACAAAUGAAAUUGCGUACUAUAGUAAACCCAGAACUAAUUGCAAUGAUUCACUUUUAGAGACCAUUUGGAAAUAUUGCUGGAAUUCCAAUGUAAGCUGUUGCAGAACCCGUGCUGAAAAAAUAUAGAAGUCCUUUUUUUAUGUUGAAAAACCCUCAUCUCCUGCUUUCUUACCAUCUCUAAUUGAAAGGCUGUUUGUAAUGUUCUAGCAAUUCAAGCUAAGCUGUUUUGUGAAUAAAAAUGAAAGCAUGUUUUGUGUCAUGGUUUUCAUCUUCAUUAUUCUGUCCAUCUUGGGUGCAUGUCAGGUUGUUCGGUUGCUUGGGUGGGGGGUACCAAGUCUAAAAUGACCUGUUACGUGUUGUUUUUUCCUAUAAUGUUUUCCAAUGUUGGCCUUUCUUGGCCUCAAAAAAUUUAAACUGAACGGGUUUGAUAAUACUUCAGCAUUUUGGUUCUUAUUUUUCAUAUAAGGUGUUAUACAUGUUUAAUAGUACGAAUGGCAUAAUUUUAUGUUUCCUUCUGCAGUUUACAUUUAU